AUGUCCACCCACACAGUGAUCGUCACCGGCGCGGGCGGCGGCCUAGGCAAGGCCAUCGCGGCGGCCUUCCUCGCCGCAGGGAGCAACGUGGCCAUCUGCGACGUGAACCAGGAGCGCCUGACGGCGACGGAGCAGGAGUGGGUGGCGGCCGGCCACAAGGCGGAGCGGAUCCUGACGACGACGACGGACGUCUCGGACCAGGCGGCGGUGCAGGCGCUGGUCGACGGCAGCGUGGCGCGCUUCGGGCGCCUCGACCUGCUGGUCAACAACGCCGGCAUCAUGGACGACUUCUCGCCCGCGGGCGAGUGCCCGCCCGAGCUGUGGGCGCGCGUGCUGGGCGUCAACCUCAACGGGCCCUACUACGCGACGCGCGCGGCCGUGGCGCAGUUCCAGAAGCAGGGGGACGGCAAGGGCGGCCUGAUCAUCAACAUCUGCUCUGUCGCCGCCAAGUCGGGCCACAGCGCCGGCGCCGCGUACACGGCGUCCAAGCACGGCCUGCUGGGCCUGAGCAAGAACACGGCGUUUGCGUAUGCCGACAAGGGGAUCUACUCUGUCGCGUUCCUGCUGGGCGGCAUGAACACCCAUAUCACGGAUGCCAUGGCCAAGGGCAUCAACAUGGACUUUUUCCAGAAGUUCGAGCAGGCGCAGGCCAAGUUUGACGCUGAGAAGCACAGUGUCCCCGUGGAGAAUGUGGCCAAAUACUGCGUGUUCCUGUCGGACCGGGGCAUUGCGAAGAGUGCCAAUGGGGCGUGCCUGGACUUUACGAACAACUGGCCUGCGCAAUGA